GCCGGGGCAGGGAGGGCUGCUCCGCCCCGACGGGCACCUGGCCCCCGGGGAGCCGGGACGUGAAGAGGGCUGGAGAACAGAGGAGAGGGCGCGGGCCGACAGACAGAGGGCAGGGUUUGUCCUCAGGAAAGGGGUCACGAAGAAACUUUGAGUAAAGAUUUGUGAUGAGACAAGAACAAGUGACAGAGAGACAGAGGGAGCAAGCCAACCAGGCCGAAAUGUGACACAGAGAACCCCAGGGAGAACACAGGGCACGCCCAGAGACGGCCCGGCGCACGGACGGAGCGGGACUUCGGCGCCGCAGACGUGGAAAGCACGGGAGCGAAGGCCUGGGGAGCGGGACGCGAGCGCCUGGGUGCAGGGCUGCGCGGGACGGCCGGGAGCGCGGCCGGCGGGCGCGGCGCGAGCGGGAGGAGGGUGCUGGGGCCUGAUCCCUGCCCGGGCAAGAGAUGUCCAUGAAGGAGGUGGGUGAUGGCUUACAGGAUCAGAUGAACUGCAUGAUGGGUGCACUGCAAGAACUGAAGCUCCUCCAGGUGCAGACAGCACUGGAACAGCUGGAGAUCUCUGGAGGGGGUCCUGCACCAGGCAGCCCUGAAGGUCCCGGGACCCAGCUCGAGCGCCCUUGUUGGGAGGGUGGCAGAGGUUCUGCCAGGCCCACAGUCUGCUCCCCCGCCAGUCAACCUUCUCUUGGCAGCAGCACCAAGUUUCCAUCCCAUAGGAGUGUCUGUGGGAGGGAUUUAGCCCCCCUUCCCAGGACACAGCCGCAUCAAAGCUAUGUUCAGCAGGGGUCAGAGCUAGUGGAACCAGAUGACUGGACCUCCACGUUGAUGUCCCGGGGCCGGAAUCGGCAGCCUCUGGUGUUAGGGGACAACGUUUUUGCAGACCUGGUGGGCAACUGGCUAGACUUGCCAGAACUGGAGAAAAGUGGGGAGAAGGGUGAGACUGGGCGGGCACGUGAACCCAAAGGAGAGAAAGGUCAGCCCCAGGAGCUAGGCCGCAGGUUUGCCCUGACAGCAAACAUCUUUAAGAAGUUCUUGCGUAGUGUGCGGCCUGACCGUGACCGGCUGCUGAAGGAGAAACCAGGCUGGGUGACACCCGUGGUCCCUGAGCCCCGAACCGGCCGCUCCCAGAAGGUCAAGAAGCGGAGCCAUUCCAAGGGCUCUGGACAUUUCCCCUUCCCAGGCACCGCGGAGCACAGGCGCGGGGAGAAUCUCCCCACAGGCGGCCCCAAGACCCUGGAGCCCUCCCCCUCAGGCUUUGAUAUUAACACAGCUGUUUGGGUCUGAAUCCUAGAGGCAGAAAGUUGACUGAACCUGAAAGGGCCAGGUCGCAGUGCUGGGCCCCUGGGGAGGAGGGAGGGAGGGCGGUAUGGCUCUCAAAAGCCCAACUCCAGGUUCCUUUCCCCAGGAAAGGAGGAAGAAGCCAGAGUUCUUGGCUCAGGGCUGAAGGGAAUGUGUUGGGAGAGAGGCUGUCGCAGGGGCUGGCUGGUGAAGGAGGUAAGAGUAGCUGGAGAGCUAGCUGUGUGUGUGUGUGUGUGUGUGUGUGUGUGUGUGUGUGUGUGUCUCUGUUGUGUGUACACACUCACUUUGGGGCUUAAGGUGACAGUAGGUGAGAGCAGGGGAGGAGACCAGGAAAUCUCUCUGACAUCUCCUCCACUGGCCCCAAAGACCUCCACUGAACAUUCUAUAUGGAAAAGAGCCCUAGAGCAUCAGGUAUCCCAGAGAGGCCCCCAAAUAAAGACCUGUCUGUGGCUCCCCCAGCCUUCAGCUUCUUUGGCAAGACAUUGCUCCAGGCACAGGGACUGAAUGCCAGGCCUCCUGGGACUAGAGCAGCAGUGAGGCAAAACCCCACCUGCCAGUCCUUCCUGCCUUGGAGGUUUCAGUGCAUACCUGGGCCCUGGGAAAAUGAGCUGAAUAAGGAUUACAGUGUGUAAGGAACAGCUGGGGAAGCCCCAGACACUCCUGGCAUCUCCCCCACUCACAGAGGAGGAAGAAUGUUGACAUGGCAUUGGGCCGUUUGAAUGCCUUUUCAUCUCCAUGGUCUCAUUUGAGCUAGGUAGGCACGAUCCCAUUUUCCAGAUAAGGACACAAGCCUAGGUAUGCUACCUGUCCAGGAACAACCAAGGCAGGCGGCAGAACAGCCCAGGCCUGACUGCAGAGUAGAAGCUGAGUUACCAACACUCCUCCCCAACAGUUCUUAGAGACCCCCACCCCACAACCCGUCUCCUGCACUUAAUUCCCACCCGGGUCAGUACAGUCAAUUCACCAGUGAGGCGAAGGUGAACCCAGAAGAAAUACCCACUUGAUUUUAAAAUUCCUAGCUCCAUUCCGUGGCCUCCUCCCUACUAGCCGCAGCAGCCCCAGGCCUCCUGUUCCCUCCUCACCUAGAGGCGACUGGAACAAGGUGGGAAGGGCCAGGCAGCAGCUCAGCUCUGGCUUUUCUAAAGCCACUAUGGGCACGUAGCCCAGGAGGGCAGCCUAGGGAUGCAAACCCCACCUAGGACCGCCCUGGGAAGCCACUGCCCCUCCCACUCCAGCAGGGAACACCCACUGGCUGGGAAAAGACAAUGUGGUACCCUUUUGGGCCAAGCAAGCCAGGAGGGCACACCCUCCCACUGCCCCUCUCUGCCUUCCACCGAUUGUCCCUCAGUUUGACGGGCGUGACAGCUGCAAUUAGAGGCAGAAUGCCUUCCCCCCCUCAAAGCAUUAAUAGCGAGUUGGAGAGACAAAGUAGUAAGAAAAGGCUCUUCUGCUUGCUUCCUGGACCCCUGUGGGGAGUGGAGAGAGGGGCAGAGAGCUCAAGUUGGGGUUGUGGGAGCACAGCCACCGCCGUGGUUAAGGUCACCCUGAAAUCCUGUGCAGUCAAAUGGUAGAUGUCUAGUUUUCGGUGGGGGAAGCUACAGGCAGGAGAAAGGUGCUCGUGCUUGGGUUUUGUCGAGCACUCGCUAUUUGUUAGGUAGAGAGAAUCACCCUAGAAGGCACUGUUCUCCAGACACAUCUGUGGAGGUUAUUAGGGCUCAUGUAAACUGCCCAGAUUAGACUGCUAGCAAAGGAAAGGACAGACAUUCAGAUAGAAGGCUGGGUUAUCAGGCUCCAAAACCUGUCCUUUCCUUGCUACCUCUCUACCUGGAGUUUGCCAGCUAAGCAAGCCCACUCUGGUGGAACCAGCCCUUGCAAAUCUUUGAUGUCUUGCCAGAGAAUUCUAACAUUUCCGUCUUGAGUGAGGGAACGUUGGCUAUGGCUGCGUUUGGAGGUGGUGGUGGUGGUGGUGGUGUGUGUGUGUGUGUGUGUGUGUGUGUGCGUGUGCGUGCGCAUGCGCACAGAAAGUGCAUGUGAAGAUUCCACCUACUGAAUCAUGAGAGGAGGAAGUCGUGGGCUGCUGGCUGGUGGAGAAGCCAUCCAGCAAAUUAUUCAAGAUGACGCCAGCUCCAAGUCUGGAAUGAGUCUACGGGAAGCCAAGGUACUUCUUGGACAUUCAUCUACAACUCACCUGUUUUGUGGACUGGUCUCGGUGGUUCAGAUAAAUUGAACAAAACUUUAUGAACACCUCCCAACACCGGGCAUUGUGAUAGAAACUAAGAGCAAUGAAAAGGACCCAACUCCUGCUCAAAGGGAUCCAGUGGAAAAUAAGCAGACUUUGAACCAUUGCUUAGCCAGAAGAGACUCGGGGGACUGAAAAACUAUUUCAACUUGGGCCGGAACAGAAAGUUAGGAAGCAACACUUGCUGCCAACAUGAUUGACAGGUGCCAGCACCUUCACCUUUGUGUCACACUGAAAGUGGUUGCUAUUACUCUUGUUUUACCUGGACAGGCUCAAAGAAGUUAAGCAACUUGUCCAGGGUCCCAUAGUGGUAGGACUGGGACUGAAUCAGUUCCAACUGACUCGCAAUCUUGUGCUUUUCAGACAAUCCCACAAAUUGUAUCUGUUCCAAAGCCAAAUCAAAAGGAACAACAAGAAAAUCUGUCCUCCCAUAUUAUCCAUGGUCCUGCGUGGAUCAUAAAUGGCAUGUUGACUGUCCGAUGGAGACUUAAUUUUCCCUUCCCUUUGGGCACCUGCCACAGCAGUGACAGGCUGUAUUUUUCUGAAGUGGAGGGAAGAGGUGAAUGGGAAUGCCUAGGCCCUAACCAUACAGGAAGGUGCAGGGAGAGGGAAGCAGCAUGUAUGUGAGGAGAUAGUGGACAUAAGCAGAGAAAUCAGACAGCUUCACUCUCCUUCUGGGGUUCACUUUAUGGUUAAUUAAGACAUGCAAAUGAGCUAGAAGCUCAUUUAAUACCCUCCCUGAUAUGUAGCCCCAUCCUGCAUCUGGCCCACUUCCCUGGCAGGUACAAAGGCCACCUGAUUGGUCCAGGUAUUUGUGAAGGGUUCCACCUGCUGCUUUGUGGCCUAGGGAAUAGAACAGAGCCUGCUGGGCAUGGCCAGUAGGGCCCGCCUGGUCUCCCUCCUUCCUUUCUCUUCUCAGCCUUUCAGACCUGGGACCUCUCUUUUUCCCUCUCUCAAAGACACUUCCCCUGCACCCACCCCUCAGGGUGAUCUCUGAAUCCAAAUUUGCCCCAAGGAAGUUUCCUCUGUCCUCUCCACAUCCCUACCUCCCCCCCAGAGCCUUGUGGGGGAGAGGCUCCUCCAUCUUUCCCAAGUCACACCAUGGUUUCCUAUGUGGCCUGGACAAGAGCCUGUCCCUACCUUCUCCAGAGCUGCCAGAAGCCACCUCAGGUGCCUUCCCCGUCCAGUGCAGUUCAGGCACUUGCGCCAGCACCGCGGUAUGAGCACUAGACUUGGAGUGAAGAUUUGAGAACCCUCUGUCACUGUGGAAGCUUGAGCAUGUUGCCUGACCUCUCUGAACCUCAUGUUUCUCAUCUGUGAAAGCUGAUAGUGUGGGGCUGCUGUGAGAUUUGAAGGACAUAAUGCACCUAGGGGCCAAGCGCUGCCUGGAACACAGUGGAAGCUCAGCAGUUGCUGGACUACCCAUCCCCUUAGUAGAAGCACUAACCAUGUGACCCAAGGCAAAAGUGCUUUAAAGAAGUGCUUUUUCUGA